GCGCAGGCCGAUCGCCAUGUUUCAAGGGCAGCGGGGUUGGUUCUGCGGCAGUGUCGGCCGAGAACUGAGGCAGUUCUGGGUGGCCGAAGGGGGCUCGAUCAGUGACCCAAGGGCCGCCGAUUUCUUGUUCAGCUGUGAUGCCUCCCACCCAGACACGCUGAGAAUAUAUCAGAGCCGUGAUUACAUAGAAGAUAAUGCUACAGUUUUUCACGCCUACUAUCUCUCUGCAGUAGCUAACGCUGAAAUAAAAAACUCGGUGGCUUUAGGUCAUUUCAUUCUUCCUCCUGCAUGCUUGCAAAAAGAAAUAAGAAGAAAACUUGGUAGUUUUAUUUGGGAACAAGACCAACAUUUUCUGAUAGAGAAGCAUGAUGAAGUAACACCAAAUGAAAUAAAGGCCCUUAGGGAAAGCAAUGAACUAGCAACAGAUCGGGAAAAAGAAUUAUCCAAAAGCACAGAAAAGCAUUUUAUAAGGACUCCAGUUACAGAAAAGCAGAUGUACUUCCCUCUUCAGAAUUAUCCAGUGAACAACAUGGUAACAGGUUAUAUAUCAAUUGAUGCCAUGAAGAAAUUCCUUGGGGAGCUACAUGACUUUAUUCCUGGAAGCUCAGGAUAUUUGGCAUACCAUGUUCAAAAUGAAAUUAACAUGUCUGCUAUAAAAAACAAAUUGAAGAGAAAAUGUUAAGUUUAAUUGUCUUUAUAUCUAGGCGUUUAUUUUUUCUAAAAUAUUACCAAAGAUGUGCAUAAUUUUACAUUCUCCCCUUUGGGACAGGGGGAUGGGGAAAUGGGGGAGAAUUCUGUUUCUUUCUCAGAAUGUGUCUUUAGGAAAUUCAGAAUCAUUCUGGCUCCAUGAUUUGACAUUUGGGCUGGAUUUUUCCCCCCAGCUUGUAAUGUUAUGUCCACAGAUCCUGAGUACCCAGUUGUUAUGGAGUAAUAAUUGUCAUUGAAACACUUCAUAAGAAGUCUCAGACUCUCUCUCUCUCUGUCAUAUGCUCUUUUGGCUUUAACAGUCUAUUAAUUAUACAUUUUUUUCUAGGUUCAAUGCUGUGAAUACUGAGUUUAAUGAUUCUGGUCGUCUUAUUUUGAUUUUUAAAAAUUAGAAUGUUAUUGUUGAGUAAAUUACUGUUUCUGGCUGGAAAAAUAUGGAGUAAAACAUUUUAAUGAUUCAGACUUCAUGUGUGGACAGUUCCUGAUAACAAGUACCAGAAGUGAUUUAAUGUAAACAAUGCUAUUUCAUCCGAAAUGAGCCCUCAAGUCAACUUAGAAUUACAGUGCUGGAAAGACCCUUAGAAAACAAUGAGGAAGUGAAGGCCUUCAAAGGCUGUUUUGCCUAGGGUGACUAACCGGGGUCCAAAUAAGGACUAGAACAUGACUGUCUUGAUUUUCCAAGUCAGUUUCUCCCCACUGUCUCACAUGGUAUAUCCUUUAGCCUGUUUCAGAUAUAAUUGAUGGCAGAUCUGCAAAGGGGACCAGAAAUCAGCCAACAUGCUUGGCUUAUUUUUUAAAUAAUGAUUUCAAGACAGUAACUUAUCUUUAUUCAUAUGGUCAUGCUAUAUAGAAUCUGGUGGAUUUAUUACUUUAUAUACAUGAUAUAUUUUUUGUGAAAUCUUUUUAAAACUGUACUUUCUCCUAGGAAGUGCAUACCAACUGUAGAAUU